UAUGAGCCUAAAACUGAGGGUUGUCAUUACGUCGUCGCUUAGCCCGGCUCCCCGCGCUUACGAGUUCCACUGUCGCUACCUUGGUCGUUGAAGUAAGGCGACCAUUCCCCUCAAAGCUCGGCGACCAUUGGAACCAUCACUCUGCUCAGCAAAUAUAGUUGGCGGUUCUGCCUUUAGGAAUAUCGUUGCGCACACGCUGACCGCGGCCCCAGCCGCUCUUCCCGCUAUUUCGGGGUAAACGCAACAAAUAUGGACUACUCAUCUUCCUUACACGAUGGGGAUAACCCAGCUGAGGCAUCGCCGUGGGGCUCGUCUCCAGCUCCAUCGCCACAGCACAAUAGGACUAGUUUCAACCCUACGCCAGAAGCGCCCGGUUCGCCUGUGUACGGCCAAAAUCGAGAACAUGGCGACAACUACACCAGUGACUCGGGUAUUACCGAAGUGACUGGUAUUUCGGAUGAAGCUGAGAAUGCUCAUGCGUACAGCCAAGGACAUGAUACUACUGAGCCAAACGCGGAACAUCCAGCACAACAACCUGGUGAACAGCAACCGGCAGGCCACCCAGAACAGCAGCGGCAGGCUCAUCCGGGCCAAGAUGCACAGAGGCAGCAAGAAACUUCUCGGCCUGCUGUUAGACAAGGUCCUCAUUACAAAUUGCAGGCAAAGAUAACUGGCUUGGAACGAGUUGGCCGGAAAGAUCCUAUACUGCGAUUUGACGUUCAUACCAAUCUUCCGGCUUUCCGAACUACACAGUUUCGUGAUGUGCGCCGCACCCACUCGGAAUUUAUCAAACUCGCAGACCAUCUAAUUUCCUCGAACCCCGAAGCAAUCGUCCCAGCUGUGCCGCCGGCAUUGACCUCCGCUGGUGCAGGCACUGAUGAGGACGAGGCGCGCGUGAAGGCAUCGUUACAACGUUGGCUUAAUUAUGUUUGCGGAAAUGAUGUAUUAAUGCGCGAUGACGAGAUGGUACUUUUCGUGGAGAGCGAUUAUGGAUACAGCCCCAUGGUAAAGCGGAAACAACCUGCGACUGGUGUUAGGCGGAAGGUCAUCAAGCAAUUUGCUCCACCUCCCGACGAUACCCCAGAACUGGAAGAUGCGCGUCCUGCUAUCAAGCAGUUCUACUUGGGCACAAUGGACGCCGGGCACAAGGUGGAUAAACUUGUCAAGGCUCGCAAAGGACUUGGAUUGGCCGAAUCUGACUUUGGGGUCAAGCUUGGAACUAUGAGUAUUCAGGAAUUACACGGUGGAUUAGCAAAUGCAUACCGCAAGCUGGGGAAAACCAUUCAAACAACGGGCGACUACCAUGCUGCUCAAGGAACUGCCGAAGCUACCACAAUCGGAGAUCCUCUCGCGUACCAUUCGGAAGACGCCUUUAUCGUCAAGGAAACCCUUACCAACCGUCACAUUCUGAUGCGCGAGCUCCUACAAGCCGAGAUCCUUUCCAAGGCCAAGGUUGACGCCGCCGACCGCCUGAAAGUCUCAUCGUCAGUGAAGCGCGAAAAGGUGGACGAAGCUAUUGCUGCCAUGGAUAAAGCUCGUUCCAAUGAGCUUCACUUACGCUCGAAGACGCAGCGUGUGACUACGAAUUUAGUUCAAGAGACUCGUCGCUGGUUUAACCGUACCACCAUCGAUAUGCGCGUGUCUCUACGUGAGUAUGUCCUUCGGGAGAUCGAGGCAGAGCGCAGAACUCUUGCUACACUUGAGACUAUUCGCCCCGAUAUACGCGCCAUUGAUGCAUCUGGUGGACUCAGUAGGUUGGGGAGAGAAUCACACCCAGCAGCACGACGCGCCAGUUUAGCUGCCAGCCAGGGACCGAAGGGUGACGCUUGGAGCGGAGUGCCAAGGAGACCGGACGCCAGUCGCAAUGUCUCUGGUACCAUAGUACCUGGCGUCGAUGAAGAAACAGCAGAGGCCAGCGCUGGGAGAGGUCGGGCAUUGAGCGGUGACAGUUCAGGGGGCUUACCUGGAGUGAAGGAAGAGGAGGACGAUGACCGUGUCGAUGCUAGAAAUGCGGCAAGCCGCUUGGCUACCAGCACUUUUUAGUUGCAAUAAAUACCAUCUCUGCUGCUUCAAUGGCCUUGGCUUGUUUCUUUGUGUUGUACAGAGAGGAAUGUUGUACAUAGAUCUUGUCCCCCAAAUGAUACAUAAAUACAUAAAUACUCGUG